AAUUACCAAAAGUUUUAAAGCCAAUUUGGGUAUUGUGUGUUUGUAGUUGAGUUUAAAUUAUGGAAAUAAGUAAUAUACUUUGGUUUUUAGUUUUUACAAUACAAUAUCAUAAACAAAGAAAACUUCAUGUCUCAUAACCAUAAACAUAGAGAUAUAAAAUGUCAACGUCAAAUAUAUACAAAUUAUGUUAAAUAAAGAUAUGGAGCUCUUAUCAUUUCUUUUUUCUUUGGUUUACUCCAAAAAUAUGAUCUUGGCAUACAUUUACAUCACACUGUCGUUAUUCGGGGUGCUUCUGCCCGUCCUCUUCUUCUACUACCGGCGUAAAUUCCACCUGCAAAGAGAGAAAAAUGCGAACGGACACCUGAAAGUGGGCAUCUUCCAUCCCUAUUGUAACGCUGGUGGAGGCGGCGAAAAAGUGUUGUGGGUGGCCGUACAGUCCAUGCAGGAAAAGUUUCCUGAUGCGGAAUUCUACGUUUACACCGGUGACGUGGAGGCAUCGAAGCAAGAGAUCUUGCAGAAUGUUAACAACAAUUUGAACGUUAAAAUCAACAACAAGAUCCAGUUUGUUUAUUUGAAAAAGCGCAAGUGGGUGGAGGGGGCUAUGUACCCUUAUUUCACGCUCUUGGGACAAGCCAUUGGGUCCAUGUUUUUGGGUCUGGAGGGACUCAACCAGCUUGUACCUGAUGUUUGUUUGGACACCACCGGUUUUACAUUUGCCCUAGUUGUGUUUAAAAUUUUGGGUCGUUGCCAGACUGGUUCAUACAUCCACUACCCAACAAUAACCACUGAAAUGCUAAAGCGUGUGCAGAGCAGGAAGGUAAUAUACAACAACAGGAGCUUUAUUACCAGGAGUUCGUUCUUCACUUACAUCAAAGUUGGUUACUAUCAUCUUUUUUCUUGGUUGUACUCUUUGGCCGGCCAAUGUUCGGACAUAACUAUGGUAAAUUCAACGUUCACAUUGGAACACCUGAAUGUCUUGUGGCAACGACCACUGCACUUGGUCUAUCCUCCCUGCGAGGUUGACCACUUGAAAAAGCUCCCCAGAGACAACCACCGACCUGAGAACAUCAGGAUCUUGUCGUUGGCGCAGUUCAGGCCGGAAAAGGACCACCAGCUGCAGCUGCAGGCUCUGUACGAACUUCGUGAGAUCGUCCCUGAAGAGCUGUUCUCGAGGAUCACCCUCGUGUUGUGUGGCAGUUGCAGGAACGCCAACGACAGCGAACGUGCCAAAGAUCUGAAGGACCUCAGCAAGCAUUUGAGUCUCGAGAACAACGUGGAGUUUAAGAUUAACAUUCCGUACAAAGAGCUGCUGGAGGAGUUCACCAAGGCCUACAUUGGGAUACACACGAUGAUGUGCGAGCACUUUGGCAUCAGUGUGGUGGAGCAGAUGGCCGCUGGUUUGAUUAUGGUAGCUCACAGGUCAGGAGGUCCACUUUUGGAUAUAAUUGAGACGUCGGAGAGCUCGAGGUUGGGUUACUUGGCGUUGACCCCUCAGGAGUUUGCUCACUGGAUUAAGUACAUAUUGGAUUGCACGGACGAGGAGAAUAACGAGAUUAGGGAAAGGGCGAAGGCGUCGGUCGACAGGUUCAGUUUGGGCAAGUUUCAAACUGAGUUUUUGAGGGCGGUUGAUCCGCUUUUCAAGUAAUAGUCGCGUGAUACUAUAUGAGACUUAUGUUGACUUCUUUUUAUGUUCUUUUUGUACAUACUAUUUAGCAAGAAAUAUAGUUUAAGAAUAUGAAUAAAACUACAUACAUGUA